GGGAACCCCCUUCUAUUCCAACUGACACCAUGCAGCAAUGGUGUAAUUUAACGCUAUAUAAUUAUCUUUACGUGGAAUGGUGGUACAUUUUGUGCUGAAUCAACGUAUCUUUCAAAUGCAUGAUCUUUGGGAAUUUACAUUCUCUAUCAACCAGGGUAAAUGUGUGUGUGCAAGCCGAUGGCGGAUGGUGGGGCCAUAGAGGAUCGUGACCCUCCACCGGCUGCACCAUCCUACUGUAUAGAAUGCUUGCUACAGAAAACACAGGUUCGCUACUGGCGAAAAGGACUGUUUGGCAUGUUAAGACCCCACCAAGACCAGCAAUCUUUACAGAGCGAUAUAUCUUUCCUUAUAUCCAAUAUCAGUAAUGCUAUCGUAGCUUAUGGAAAUGGGAAUCACUCCAUAGUACCAAUCAACUACGACCUGAAACCACCAAACCUAGAUCUGGUGAAUUGGCGACGAGUACUAAUAGGAAUGAACCUGGUUUUAGAGGAACCAGAUACGAACUUUGAGAUUCGGAGUAUAGCAGUCAACAUAUGGCAUACUACGGAUCAUCGCUCAUUAAACGGUCUACUGAUUCUACUUAAGGCAUUUCAAGAGCUUCCAUGGAGGCUCGUCCAGUUGGUUUCUACACAUUGACACGACCGGGGGAAGUGUUCUGUUCGAGACGCUGACCGACACUGCCAUGAAUUUCCCUAUACCGUCCAUGUAUUUCCAACAUAUUCGUGCUUUAUAUCAGGGCAAUAAAGAGGCCAUGCGAAUAAUUGGGUUUUACAGGCGUUCAGCAGAGGAGGACAUAACAUGGACACGACCAGAACGUCAGGACUGUACAAGAUCUAUUCUGUAUUUGUUACGUGGACUACUGCGAGGCCCUUCAGGCGUACAGGCGACCAAUUAGUCAACGUAAUCAUUUUGUUUUUAUUUUUUUUUUUUUUAGAAUUUCGGCUACAGAAAAUACAUAAAGAUAUCGCAUCUUCGACAAAGAAAAAUUGUGAUCAAUUAAAAACAAGAAUAUGAUGUUGUAUAUUAUUCACGCCACCCUACAACCACAUAAACGAAAAACUGUGAUAGAUUCUGGACUUCUAUUGAUACCUUGUAUAACGAUUCAAGGCACUAUGCCAACACAUCAUUUUCUUCCACACGGACGGACGUCACUAUGGAAAGUACCCCUGGCUACUCCAUAAUAUGGACCAUGGAAUAAGUUCAUCAGCGUACGAAUACGAAAUACACUAUAAACGGAUUGAAAGUUGGCCUGAAUAAUUUCGAUUGACCGUACUACUAAUACACCUGUAUUAUCAAAACCAGCCAUGAUGUGUAUCAAAGCCAACGGUUGUUAGGAUCUUACUAGUCUAUUCAUACAUGAUCGUUCGUUUAGAAACACAUUUCGUUAUCUACCAAUAGUUUUAGUUCCAGUCUACGAGUAAGUUACACUGAUCAAUUUUUAGAGUUUGUUAAUUCCUUGAUCAUUACUCACCACCAACUUUGAUAUUAAUUUUGGCAGUUACAUGCAAGGUGUCUUUUCAGCUAAGGAAGGUAAUAUUUAAGGCAACCGGUAAUGACAAAUACGUCAGUAUAUUGAUCAAUAUUGUUAUUAGGUUGAUAUAUAUUUAACAUGUAUUAUGUAAAGGUAUAAGGCUGUGAAGAUUAUACAAUACUCCCAACAAAAUAAUCUCAAAGAAACAACCACUGCCAGUAGACAAUAGAUCUCAGUGUUGAUGUGAAUGUGAACUGUUGAACAGGUGAAAGAUUAUGAUGAAUACGUGAUACCAUAAGAAUACCAUACAUCGAAGAAUGCAUCAUAUAUGUUUUAUUUUACUAUGUAUUUGUUAUUAAUAAUAAACAUGAUCAAUUACAGAUUUUUUUAUCAUUACGUUCUAAAAUUUGAACAUCACAAUUAAUUUUAUCACUGUAGUUGUUUGGAGAAUGGUUACACACCAUCAUUGAAAAAUGACGCUUGAAUAAUGAAUGAAACUCGCCACCUUACAAUGUAAUAGAGAAUUAAAACCAAGUCCCUGAAAUUUAUAACGAUCAUGUGCAUGCCAUACCAUCACACAGUCAUCUGGGCCCAGUUGUCAAAAGGCGAUUAGCUUAAUCACUUGAUUAGCGAAAAUUAAUUUCUCCUGUACUUCAAAACCUGAGUGUUUGUAUUCCUUAAAAUAAGCAUGUAGGAAGGGACAUAAGAGUGCUAGAGUUCAGUAACAAAAGGUCAAAUUAGUUUUACCAAAAAACGAUUUUAUCAGGAUUUUGAAAUUGAUGUUAAACCGUGAUAUGAAUAUCAAAAAAGCUGAAAAUUAGAAAAAAAUUUUUUUUUAAAUUAUUUCUUUCCUUUCUCUGGGCAAAAUAUGAUGAACUGAAUCAAAUUACUUUCUAAUGUGCUGAUAUAUAACAACAACAAUACAUAGAAUAUAUCAAUAAUCACACUUUUUCGGAGUUUGAAUGUGUCUAAAUGUAUUUGUGAUUUGACUGUUCAGAUUGUUUAUUUAAAUGUGAUUCGAUAUGAGAACAAAUAUAAAGACAAUGUAAAGACUC